CCAAUUAAACAAUCAGUUUCCAAUCACCAUUCAAUUUUUGAUUGGAAAUAGACUUUGGUUUGUUACCAUGUGAUCCAUUCAUAUGCUUGGUAAUAAAGUUUUUUUUUUCAUUCGAUGAUUGAAUUACCUUGAGAGGCACUCGGAUCGGUGUAAUAAUCAUCUCUCCCUCUCUCUCUCUCUCUCUCUCUCCAUCAUCAUAAUAAUUUGUUUUAUUCCAUCAAACCAGCCAGUCGAGACUUGAUAAUGUUUUCAUUCACAAAUGAUUAGUUAAUUGUGUGAGCUGCAAGUAAAUAGAGAGAGAGAAUGGAAAUGAGGGAGAGAUGAGAAGAUAGUAAAAAAAAACAACAGAGAGAAGAAAAAAACAGAGAAAGAUAAAGAAAUAGCCAAAAGGUUUAUUUCUCUACCAAUCAGCAGUUUCCAUCGCCAUCUUGUUUUGCUAAUCACUUUUUAAAGUAGUUUCUGAUCUGUAUCCUUGUGUUUUUUUUACAUCGACUUUACUUUAAACUUACCAGUUUGUGUAUCGCUAUCAUAGUGUUCACUUUACAUGAUAAAAUCAUAACAAUUAACACAACGUGAGAGAGAUAAACAUGUCCAGUAUCGUUGCUUCAAAUUGUCCCAUGAUUGUGAUUCCUGAUGAUUUUCCAGGUUAUCCAAUUGAACUUUUCUGCGUUUCAAAUAGUAUCAAGGAAGAUUUGGAAAGUGUCUUAAUACCUGGAGGAAUGAUUCAUGAUCGUAUUGAAAUGUUGGCCUGUAACAUUGCCGCUGAUCAUAAAUAUGAACCUUUCACAGUUCUUUGUGUUCUUAAAGGUGGUUAUCAAUUUUUCGGUGAAUUAUUGGACAAAUUAAGACAAUUAUAUAGAUUCACAUCGUUCGCUGAAACCAUCAAACCAUCACCAUUUUCUUCAGCCAAUGAUUCCUUGUCAAAUGGAUCAUCAUCAUCAUCAUCUUCUUCAUCAACUGUUCAUCAACACGCUGGAAAUUUUGCUCAAAGAAUUGACAUUGAAUUCAUCCGACUUAAAAGUUAUGUUAACGAUAAUACAACCGGAGCGGUAACCACAAUAGGCCUUGAGACACUUCGUUCAUUAAAAGGUAAACGGGUUCUGGUGGUUGAAGAUAUUAUCGACACUGGUUUAUCAAUGCAUCAUCUUGUUCAACUAUUAAAGGAAUCGGAAGUAGCUGAAUUCAGGAUCGCCUCACUUUUUGUCAAACGUAAUCCAGUUAAUACAUUUAUCCCCGAUUAUGCUGGUUUUGAGUUGCCCAAUAAGUUUGUCGUUGGAUUUAAUCUUGAUUACAAUGAAUAUUUUCGAGAUCUUAACCAUGUUUGUGUAAUCAGCGAAAAGGGUAAACUUAAGUAUGCCUCCUAGACGAUAAAAUAUCAAAAAAAGAAUAUAACAAUUAACAAAAUAUAUAUAUAUAUAUUGAUAUAUAGAAGAAAAUAAAAAAUAAAAAUGAUAAUAGAUU